AUUUCUGAUCUAGGUUUUUGCCGACCUGUUAAUGAAUCCGAUAAAAGUAAAGUCUAUGGCGUUACUCCAUAUAUUGCUCCAGAAGUUUUAAGGCACCAACCUUAUACUCAAGCAAGCGAUAUUUAUUCUUUUGGUGUAAUAGCAUAUGAAUUAUUUUGGAGUAAAUCUCCUUAUUAUGAUAAAUCGCAUGAUGAAUUCUUGGCUAUAGAAAUCUGUAAAGGCUUACGGCCUAAUCUAGAUGAUCUAAAAUUCCCUCAAGUGUUUAAAAACUUAAUUCGACAAUGUUGGAAUGCUGAUCCAGCAAAGCGUCCAACAUCUGAUAAAUUAGAAAAGACUUUAAGAGAUUGGCAAAAAGAUACCGAAUUUCUUCUUAAACUUCAAGAAAUUUCUCAAGAUUUCACUUACAAAUCCCAUCCAACUGCUAUUACAACUAGUAAGUUAAUAAACACCAAAGAGAUUAAUAGACAAUUAAACAGUUUAGACCUUUUAGGAAUUAAUGUUUCAAAACUUGAUUUUGAGGAAAAUAAGAAAAUAACUAGUUGCGAAGCAGAAAUAACAGAAAAUAACACUGCAAACAUCAUUUCUAGUCUAGUUUAUAAAUUAGAAAGCGAAGAAAUCUCUCCCAUUGAAGACAAAACAUUGACUCAAAUUUCACCGAUGAACUAGUUCAAUCCUGAACCGAGUUAAAUUUCACUUAUAAAGAUUGAAUCAACACCGAUUAAUAUUCGUUUGAUAUACUGUAUUUGAUUAAGGAAAUAUCUAGAGAGAUCUAAAGCGAAAUCAAAUUAACUGUCGAAGACAUUAAAUAGCUAAAAUUAAGUUGUUGGGACCGAUAAUGAAUAAGUACUGUAAGGGUGCUGUCAUUAC